AUGCCAGGAGGACGCCGAAAUCCGCUCAGCAUGUCGCACAUGCUCGAGUCACUCGGAGAUGCAGUAAACAAUGCAAAGAACAAGGUGGAGAACCGCAGGGCAGAGCUGACGAGGAAAAUGAACGAGCUGGGCAUAGAGGUGCCAUGGGUUGACCUGCAAAUUCAGUUCAUCGGUGCAUCAGGCCUCCCAAAGAUGGACGUCGUAGGCUCUGCAGACCCGUACUUCAUUGCUAAGAUAGACGACAAGAUAUCUUUCGUCUCAACAGUGAAACACAACAGCCUCUCUCCUGUCUGGAACGAGGUGUGGCGAAUGAAGAAUGUGCCUGCGACCGCGGAUCUCUAUAUUACUGUCAUGGAUAAGGACGAGGGGUCUGUUCAUGACGAUUAUAUUGGCAAGCUCAAAACGAGCGUUACACCUGGGACAAAGGAGGUUGAAAUCGAAGGCCCGGUCUUCAGGCGGUCAAGAGGGGAUUUCUGGGUCAAGAUCGACAGCGAGCCAGCAACAGAUGCCGCACCUACCGAAUUUCCCUAUCUCUUCAACGGACCUAUCAGGUAUUCCCGACACUUCUCCCCGACUGUCGGCGCCUUUACCAACCUCGACGAUGCGCGGCUGUACUCGACCUGGAAGAUGUAUAUCAUGGGCGUGCCUAUAUUCUUCGGCGACACCUACCAGCACUGGAACAAGAACUACAAGGCCGCGCAGAACAUCUUUGGGAGCGGCCCUGCGUCCCUCGCGGUGCGCUCGGGGAUCCAGGCGGGCCACCGGCUGCUGUACGCGCGGACAUCGGGCAACGGAUUCGGCAUUAUCGAAGACGCGGCGGGGAUCAAGGCGGUGCUGCAGGGCGGCGAGCGGGAGCUCGUACAGGCCUGGGAGGACGCCUGGGGCCCUGGCCCAUCGCCGGAAGACGAUGAUGCCGCCAAUCCGUCUGUCCCAGCACCGCGCACCCGUCGCGGGCAUCGUCGCGGAGGGAGCACCGCCAGCGGAGGCAGCGGCAGCUCCUCGAAACGCCCUUCAGCGUUGUUCGCAGACCGCGUCAAGCCGGCCGUCUACACGUACAUAAUCUCUGCCGAGGACGACUCCUUCCGAUUCUCCGAAACGGGUGCUGCGUUCUUCGUCGACUUCGCCUCAAAACAUGCCCUACACGCCAACUGCGCAGAAACAGUGCGCUACAGCGGCGAGUUCCAUCCACGUCCCGAGGGUGGCUGGGAGAACUUCAAUGAUACUAUCCGCGACGAGGACGUGAAUUGGGAGCUGGUGAUUGACAACAAUUCGGGGACAUAUGCCCCUGAUAAGGACAUACUGCCGGCGUUGAAGAAGUUACUGGAGUACAACUUCCCUGGAUUCGCGAUUUAUGCGAUGGACCAUGGGGAGGAGGAGCUGAAGAAGAGCACCGAUGCGUGCAGGCAGUAUGCGUUGAAGUAUCGCGGGGUGCAGCAGGACCAGCUGGAGCCUCAUGCACACGAUGGCGAGGUGACCCUCAGUCAUCAAGCUUUGGUGCAUUUGCAGAAUAUGGAGACCAAUUCAGACAGCGGAGCGGCUGCGGGAAGUAAGUAG